CGCGUUCGGACACAAGGGUUUAAUAUCGCUCUUCGACGGCCUCUUGGUAUUCUUUUUCUCGUUCCAAGCCUCCUCCCCCCUCCCCCUCCCCCUCCAAUACUGCAAUGGAGAACCCUAGGAUAACUCGCGGAGGUUUCGAAGAGAACACCAUGGCCAUACUCGACUCCUCCGGCAUCAAAGACGCCCGCGAUAUCCACGACGAUCGUAAUCCCUCUCCCUUUUCUUUUUUUUGUUCUUGCAUGGUGACCUUUCUUUCCCCUUCUUCUCAGGGCUCUCGUUCUUGGAAGCCGUCCGAUUCGCUUCUCUUGCCUCCGAGUCCCUUUCUGCUCCUUCUUGAAGGAGAAUGUUUGAUGCGAUAUUUCAGAUUCUCAGAGACAGCAAAUCUUUGGAACUGGCCAUGGCCAGCUACCAGCUUCUAAGCGAGUUAGAGCAGCGUUACCCAAGAAUCUAUUUAACGUGUUCAGAUAAGCCCGAAUCAACUUCUGGUAGAGCCGGUGAGCUUGUUGUGGUUAAAGAGGCAUGGUCCCCGUUUAUUGUUGGCUCGGAAGCUAGCCACACUGAGGCGGAGGCAGCUGGUAAAGAUUUAGAUCACUUGUUCGACUCUUUGAGAUUUUCUGUACUGGUGGAGGACAUGGCUCUAGCAGUCAAAAGAACUGAUUUUCAAUUGGUAAUCAAGCCUGUAGAGUGUAUGCUGUUGUUCCAAUAUCUUGUCAAUGUUCUUGAGGCAGAUUUCUUACCUCGUCAGACUUUGUACAAAGAGACGUCAAACUGGGUCCUUUUCAGGGAGUCUAUACUAAAUAUUCUUCUGGGAUCACGAAAAUUAAACUUCAAAAGUUUAGUAAGGGAUUGCAUGUCCAUUAUGUGCAGGCGAUGCCAUCAUCAUAUUGAAAAGAAUUUUCAAGAUCUGAGAUAUGUGAAAGAUUCUCGUGAUAAAGAAGCUCAUAAUUCCAAUGUUUCUCUGGCAAUUGCAUUAUCUGAACUAGAAAAAGGAACAUGUGUUGCUGUGCAAGAACUUAUGACACUGAUUAUGGAACUAGAUUUAAUAAGGAAAGAAGCAGAUCUUCAAGGAUUUACUACUAGAGUUGAUGGCUUCAGGUGGGUUCCUAUGUUGGAGAUUAUUGUGGAUGAACUAACCUACAAUAAAGACUAUAUAUCCCCAUUUCUCAUGGUUUUCUCUGAACCUAAAUGGAAGCUGGAAAUAAUUUUGCAGUACUUUUCAAAGUAUACCACAAAGUCUUCUGUUCGUACUCGACGGUCAAAUGAAACGUCAAAUGAUGCAACACUGGAGGCUAUUCUGAGUUUCUUUUCGACUGCCACAAGUACAAAAAACAUUGUCAAGAAAAUUUCUUCAGAAGUGGCUAAACUUCUCUUAGUGCAUGCUUUUCAGGCCUGUCUCUCCCUACAACAUUGUUCAAGACAUAAUGCUUACUCUGCUGAAAGGAUUGGAGGCACUCUUAGUCAGAUUAGCAACAAGCUAGUUUCUGCUUUCCAAAGUCUCAGAAAAAAUGAUGAGACCUGCAAAAUGUCCAAACGCAACUUUGGAAUCCUUUGGUCUAUUAAUUUUGACCUGAUUUACAAACGGAGCCAGAUUUUGGCUGAGGUUGUUAGCUUCUUAUUGGUUCACGGUUGAGCACUUCGGUCAAGGUGAACGUUGGUUAGCCCGAGAUACGCCAGGGAUUUGUAAAGCCGACAUUAAAACCAGAAAUUAUCUUGACCUGGGUGCGUGGAUUCUGGCAUGUUUGAUUAUGCUGGGAAAGAUUUCAUGUAGGUGAUUCUUGUCACUAACCGGGCUGCUGCUGGAGCAGCAAAUGUACUGCGAUGAAUGUAAGGGCCUCGUCCAGGAUACCAGUUUUGCCUCUGUAGACUGAUUGCAUGUACAGGGAAUUUGGGGAGUACAGGUGAGCCUGUUCUCCAGAGGCUUGUGCUUCCUGCGGCAAGUGGUGCAAGUUGCUAUCGGUAAACAUUGUCUAUGAUAAUCUGACAAAGUGGUCUAUUAUAUAGGGUGGAUCAGGUGGAUUGCUGAUGGCAAGCAUUUAUUCCAGUUGAAGAAUUCCAGUUUGUGGGCUAGAUAAAUGCAUAUUUGGAAAAGGGAUUCUGUAAUCUUUAUGGUUAGAUUUUUGGGGAGAAUGUUAUGCAUCUAUGCUUUUAUUCCCGAAGAUUAGCCAACAGACUGAUUAGCUGGGUGGGAUCAUGAUGUUAACCGCGCUAAGGAUAGAUGGCUAUGGUUGUACUUGUCC